UCAAUCCUCUCCACGUCUCUUACUCUCCGUGUAAAAAAACAAUCGUGCGCCAUAGUCUAUUCUCCUCCCCAUGGUCUCCUCCUCACGUUCUCUACUCCCCAUGGUCUCCUACUCCCCACGAUCUCCUCCCCAUGGUCUCCUCCUCCCCAGAGAAAGUAAAUCAAUCAUAUCUCUCAAAUUGGAGCAAGGAAAUUAGGAAACCAAUCUGGUGCGCUCACGCCAUGGAAUCUCUCAUCCUCCUCCCAUGGAAAAAACAAACAAACAAAUCUUUCUCAAAUUGGAGCAACCAAGUUGGGGAAUAGAUCAGUCCUAGGAUUCAAUCCUAGGUUUGCUGACGUACGCUCUUUGGGAACUUCGUGGAGAUCGCGACAGGGCAGAACCAAGCUCAUGCUGCCAUCUUAUAAAUUAACUGCAGCCUGACACAAAUAAUCUACACAUCAAGGAGGCUCUUGUCGGUCGUGAACAUCGUCGCUGGUGAACCAUCUCCUAUUUGGGCAGCCCGGUGCAUGUAGCUCCCGCUUGCGCAGGGUCCGGGGAAGGGUCUGACCACUUUGGGUCUAUAGUACGCAGCCUUUCCCUACAUUUCUGUAAGAGAGAUUAUUUGUUUCGUUGGUUCAAUCAAAUUGUUAGGCUCUGGACUUCAUACUACAUGCAAAUUGUAUGGCCACCAAUAUGUAAUCUUCUGGAAAUUGUGUUUUUAUAGGUCAGUUUCUUUUGUUUGCCUUCAAAACAAUGGCAUACGAUAUGCUCCGUGAGAUUAGCAAUCAGAAGGAUUCCUUGAAAGUAAAGGUCAGAAUAAUUAGGCUAUGGGAUGCCAUUAAUCUCAACAACAAUGAACUUAUUAGCCUUGACAUGAUACUACUUGAUGAAGAGGGUACUAUGAUACAUGGCAAGGUAAUGAAGCAUAUGGUUAACAAGUUCAGACCAUUGAUCCAAGAAGGUUUAGUCUACAUGAUAGCAAAUUUUAAGGUUAUGUCUGCAAUGAAUUUCCGUCCAGUUGAAAGCGAAAAGGUUCUAAAUUUCUUGCACACGACAAAACUCAAGAGAUAAAAGGUCAAAAAUUAUAUCAAAAUAGCAGAACAAAGCUUCACAUUUUGUACUAUUGAAGUUCUUUCCAUAAGAGACAGCCAAAAGAUUUACUUAUCUGAUGUCAUUGGCAUAGCAAGUUGCAUAUGGCAUAUUGAAGAAACACAGACAACCCACGGGAUUUCAAAGACUCGAGAUAUUGUGCUUCGGAUUGAGGAUCAAAAAAUUAAUAUUAGACUAUGGGGUAAUAAGGUUGGUCAAAUUGAUGAAGAUUCUUUGGGGCGUGUGGUCAUAGUAACAUCAACUACUGUUAAAAAACUGAAAGAGUACUCGCUGUCAUCUACAGGUGCGACCAGAGUUUAUAUCAAUUUGGAUAUCCCUGAAACAAAUGAGCUUCAAACGAGGUAUUGCUUGCAAGAUGGUAUGGUAGAAGAAAUAGAGCCGGAAGACCACUUGCAAGGCACAAUUCGAGAACAGAUGCUCUAUAACAGAAGAACCCUAAAAGAAAUAACUGAAAUUACAUAUGAAUCUGAAAAAUGGAAGCAAUGAUUAAGUUAAUUAAUACAUCAGAUGAGUGGUACUACAUAGGAUGCCGCAGAUGCAACAAAAAAGUACAGAAACAAGGGAACCACUUCUACUCUCCGAAAUGUGAAAAAGAACCUGAGAAGAUAUGUCCAAGGU